UGGCGAUCAAGCUAAAUCUUUCACCCUGACACGCGUUUAGUCCUUCACCAGAUAAUCGAUCAACUACGUAUCACUCAUCCUUGGACUUAACAUCAAGUCCGUCGGAAAACAGUUGGAAGGAACAGAUACCCAGAAAUGACCCUUAUAUUUCAUAUUCGUCCGGCCACCGUAGACGACGUGGACGCCAUUCUCAAGUUGGUUCAAGAUCUUGCGACUUAUGAAAAAGAACCCGAGUCCGCAAGGGCUACCCCUGCUCUGUUUCGAGAAAACAUUUUCGAAAAACAAUAUGCACACACCCUCCUCGCGUUCGAUGGAACGCCCGAGGCACCCGGAGUUGCAUUAGGCAUGGCACUAUAUUUCUUUAAUUUCUCAACAUGGACAGGCAAGCCUGGCCUCUACCUUGAGGACUUGUUUGUAUCCCCGGAUGCAAGAAAUAAGGGUGUUGGCAAAGCCCUUUUCGCGGAGCUGGGCAAGGUAGCUCAGGAGAAGGACUGCGCACGCCUUGAUUGGUCCGUACUCAAGUGGAACACUCCAUCGAUCUCAUUUUAUGAAAAAACCUUGGAGGCCAAAGCGAUGGAGGAAUGGUUGGGUAUGCGGCUCGAGGAACAGGGGAUCGAGAACCUGAAGAAGCUCGCCGUCCACACGGCGUGAAUGACAUGUAACAGGGUCUUCUGUAUCCAUGCCAAGCAAUGGUAUAGGCACCGUUGCGCAAUGCGAUGUCAGGGUGUCUUUGUAUGACGCACGA